UCGAAGGCGACGCGAUUAUCGUGUCUAUUAAGCCGGAACUGUUGAACAGAAUGCUUCAGCUCAACGGCUUUAACUUUGCAGGCAAAAUUUUGGAAAUUGAAAAAUAUGAUGAAGCCGGGAUAGACCAGUCGAUGCUGCCUGUGAAUGGUAGCACGCCCACGGCCGCCGACACGAAGGCUAAGAUGACUGCCUUCCUCGCCAAGCGGUUUAACCGAGAAAACAAGCUCCUUGAUCUCUCGGAUCUACGCAACGAUCCGGAUCUCAUCGCCAUGGGAAUUUUCCAAAGCACAUCAACUGAAUCGAAAUUCUUCCCUGCACUUAUGAAGGUCUGGGAGCUGAAUCUCAGCCUGGUGUUCGACAGCCCCGCCGCGCGUCGCCAGGCGGUCGAGAGCGUCAGUCUGAGGGCCAACAAGCUUGAGAAUCUGAAGAUGGUCACCACCUUGGCGCAAGCCUUCCCAGACUUGAAAAACCUCGACCUUUCGCACAACGACUUCAAGGACGCACAGUCCUUGCUGGCAUGGCGCCAUAAAUUCGAAAAUCUCGAGCUCCUGGACCUCUCCAACACUCCUUUCAGUGCCGAUCCUACGUUCAAAGACACCAUGCUCAAGUGGUAUCUCAAACUUCGAGUCCUCAAUGGUAUCGAAGUUCGGACCGCAGAAGAAUUGGCUGCACUGAAGAAAUCGCCGAUUCCUGUCCAAGCACCGUAUUUCCGGGACGAGGGCUGCAUUGCCGAGAAUUUCAUUAGAGCUUUCUUCUCCGGCUACGACAAUGACCGGAACGGCCUGCUUGAUAGCGUAUACGACAACGAAUCCACAUUCACUCUUAACAUCAACACUGCCGCUCCCAGAGCCCAGCAAGCUGAUGUUGCAGCCUGGGACGCGUACAUCAAGAAUAGCAGGAACUUGCUCAGAAUCACGCACUUGACCGCCAGAAUGUCUCGAUCGCACAACGGUGCGGAGAAAAUCCGCAAGCUGUGGAACAGCCUUCCUGCUACAAGACACCCGGAUAUCGCGGCGCACCCUCAGGAUUGGCUAAUUGAGUGUUACCCGAUCCCAGGACUGGCUGAUCCGACCGGCCAGAGCCCCACUGGUGUUGGCGGCCUCCUGAUUACAGUUCACGGUAAAUACGACGAAAUCGGCAAGGGCUCCAAGAUCGACACGCGGAGCUUCGACAGAACUUUCGUAUUGGGCCCUGGCGGUGGCGCGGGUGGAGUGAGAGUCAUCAACGACAUCCUAUGUUGUCGCGCGUACGGCGGUAACGAAGCAUGGGCUCCAGAAACUGAGGGAGCCGCUCAACCGGCGGCUCAACAGGCAACUCCCCAGCAGUCUAUCGAUCAGGCAGCUGUUCCUCCUCAGCCGGUGGUGGGACCGCCAGCCACCCCGGAAGGGUAUGGCAUGCCUGCCCCCGGAAAGAGUGAGACACAAGUGCAACAAGAGCAACUCGUAAUUCAAGUCAUGAGCCAGACUGGAAUGACCUUGCAGUAUUCCGAGUUGGCUAUCAGCGGAAAUGGCUGGGACUUGGACAAAGCUUUGCAGGACUUCGCCAAGCUCAAGGAGCAGGGAACGUUGCCCCCUGAAGCCUUCCUAGCCGGAACAGUCUAAACACUCGACACCGCCGCUCGUCAUCGACAGAACGGCGGGUUCAAAUCAAACUUUGCUAGAUCACAAUGGUGUUUGUUUGGAGUUACAAUUUUGCCUUACUUUGGCCUGGUUUGUUUUUGCUGCUUCUUAUUGCAUGGCUCGGGCGAAUGGCAAUCGGGCUGAAGACACAGAUAUUGAAUCUAGUUUUUUCUUUCUCAUCUUAUCCUGUUAUGUAUCAACCAAGACCACGAAUAUUAUGUCCAUAAACAAAGAGCCUGGGGGAUUGGAGAACAAUACCCCCUAGGCCGAUUCAUUACCA